UGUCCCCCGGCUACGUUUAUUCCCUCUCCCUGCUUCCCGUUCCCGUUCUGCCACAGUAGGAACACGCAGCGUCAAGUCAGAGGUGAAGGCAGCGGCUGUCCUGCCUAGCAGCUCGGCUCAGACAUGGGGGAAAUCAUCCUGCCGCGGCGCAUGUUCCUCUGGUGCAUGGCGGUCAUUUAUCUGACUGCUUUUGUUUCCCUCUAUGUGCAGAUACCAGGUCUCUAUGGUAAUGAGGGGCUGUUGCCUGCUCGUUGGCAGCUGCGAUACAGUGGUAAACCCCUAUUGGAACAGCUGCUGUCCUCUCCCACCUUACUGUGGCUUGGACCUCGGCUCGGCCUGGACACACACACUGCCAUGGAGCUGUUGUGUCUCAUAGGGGCUGCACUGAGCCUCUGCGCCAUAUUGGUGGAGUCUCUCCGAGAUAGCGUGGUGUUCUUCUGCCUCUGGGCCUUGUAUCUGUCCAUGUACCAGGUGGGCCAGGUUUUCCUCUACUUCCAGUGGGACAACCUGCUUCUAGAGACUGGGUUCCUCUGUAUCCUUGUUGCUCCACUGACAAUAAUCAGAGGGUCACGAGGGGUCAGAGAACAUGACCGAGUGACCUUCUGGUUGACGCGCUGGCUGCUCUUCAGGCUAAUGUUAGCUUCUGGUGUGGUGAAGCUCACAUCACGUUGUCCCACGUGGUGGGGCCUUACAGCUUUGACAUAUCACUAUGAGACUCAGUGUAUUCCCACCCCUCUGGCCUGGUUUGCCCACCAGUUGCCAGUGUGGUGGCAGAAGCUAAGUGUGGUGGCAACCUUUGUCAUAGAGAUUGCUGCACCUUUGCUGUUCUUCAGUCCACUUCGUAGGCUCCGACUUGGGGCUUUUUACUUGCAGGUGCUGCUUCAAGUGCUCAUCAUUCUGUCUGGAAACUACAACUUCUUCAACCUGCUGACACUGACCCUCUGUCUGUCUCUGCUGGACGAUCAGCACGUUCGCUUUUGGCUACGCAAGGCUGACAAGCCCGACAACAAUAACUCCAGACUGUGGUUGUGGCUGGGUUAUGUGGUGGAGCUGGCAGUCUGGUCUCUCAUGAUCUUUGGAACAAUUAUAUACUUUGACCUGCAGCUGGAUACAACAAAGAAGGGCAUCUCGUCCAGGACAGCUUUCACAUACCACCAGUUUAACCAGUUUCUGAAGACUGUCACUAUCCCCUGUAUCUGGAUUGGUGUCCUUUCUCUCACCUGGGAGAUGAUCACUGCCAUGUUCAGAUGUGCAUGUGUCUGUGGUUUCCUGAAGAGGUUUUUUGGAACCGUUCAAUGGACUGUGUUCGCUGCUGCUGCCGCUGCCAUGUUCACCGUCAGUCUGGUGCCGUUCAGCUACAUAGAGUAUGACUCUCAUGCCAGGUUGUGGCCAGGAGUGCAUCACACCUAUGAGCUUGUGAAUCAAUACCAACUUGUCAACUCAUAUGGCCUCUUCAGAAGGAUGACAGGGGUUGGGGGACGGCCAGAAGUUGUUAUUGAGGGAAGCAAUGACGGAGUCACGUGGACGGAGAUUGAGUUUAUGUAUAAGCCAGGAAACCUAAGUGCACCUCCUCCUGUGCUGACACCUCACCAGCCCAGGUUGGACUGGCAGAUGUGGUUUGCUGCCCUCGGGCCUCAUACACAGUCUCCGUGGUUCACCAGCCUGAUGUACAGACUACUGCAGGGAAAGAGAGAUGUGAUAGAGUUGAUCCAGACAGAUAUAUCUCAGUAUCCGUUCCACCAGCAGCCCCCUGCCUACCUCCGAGCCCAUCGCUACAGAUACUGGUUUACUGAACCGAAGGCUGACGGUUCUUACCCACAGCGUUGGUGGAGGAGGGUCUACGAUGAGGAAUUCUAUCCCACAGUGCACCUGGGCAACAACUUUCUGGAGAGCAUGCUCAGCCAGCACGGACUCAAGGACAAAUCAUCUCCACGUCGUAUGUCCAACACUACUGUUGCUCAGGCUGUGAGGUGGGUGCGCUCUCAGGUCAGAGGUGUUCCUACCCACAUACUCAUCUGGAGCCUCAUUGCCUGCAGCACCACCCUCUGUCUCCUCCAGGGAUUGCUAAACAGAAACAAAGGAACCUCAGUUACUCAUAAAGCUGCUGUGACUGUGAACAGUCAGGCAGAAAAUGAAUCUCACGGCUCUCCAGACAAUCUUGAGAGGUCAGAUGAACAGCAGGCAGUGGCAGAGGAGGAGGAAGGAGAGGGCAGUGAAGAUGAAGUGGAAGAGGGUGAAGGAGAGGAGAAGGACACUGUCAUUGAUGAUGAAGAGGUUGAGGAACAAAAGGAGGAGGAAGGAAAAAAAGAAAAAGGUGAGAACCUCAGAAGGAGAAAGUUCUGAUAAAGAUGCAGGUAAUCCCUUAAUGACUGUUAUCACCACCUGCCUUUAUACAAUGCUCCCAAAUAUUUCUAUUUCCCAAUUAGCCAGUUACUGAAAAAAGUUUAUUUGCCUUCUUUCGCAUACACCUUACUGCAAUACAUCCUUCAUGUGUCAGUUGUCUGCAUCACAAAAACCAAUCACCUAAUCACUUUGGAUCAUUGGUUUUAAUUCAGCAGAUCUUGCCAGAUGUUUAUACAUUUUAAAACCUCCCUUGUCGGUUCUGACCUAACUGACUGCUCAACUAUCAAAGGGAAAUCCAGUGAACAGAUCAAAUCAUGUUGAAUGAAAGUAGAGAAGAAUAUAUAAUUUAAAAUAUAAGGUGGGUGUAGUUGUGUAGUUGCACAGGUGUGGGUGUAUGUGUGUGUUCAUCACUGUGGUCACUUGCCUCUAAUGCUGUAUGUACAGAACAAAAACAAUUUUGCACUUUUUCUUUUUUCCUGUCUUUU